CUUGUUCAAGGCAUUAUUUCUAUAUAAAUAAGCUUCUAAACAAAAAAUGAACUUUACUUUAUUAUUAACAUGUCUUUUGAAACUAAAAUGAAAUACACUCGUCUUGGUAACACUGGUUUAAAGGUUUCCAAAAUUUGUCUUGGUUGUAUGGGUUAUGGUAACCCUAAAUGGAGUUCCACCAAUGCUGAAUGGGUCAAAGGUGAAAAGGAAUCCAUUGAGGCUAUCAAGCAAGCUUACAAUGUGGGCAUCAACUUUUUUGAUACGGCCGAUGUCUAUUCCAAUGGUGAAAGUGAACGUGUUCUCGGUAAGGCAUUAAAGGAAUUAAAUGCUCCUAGAAGCCGUGUGGUCAUUGCCACCAAGGUCUUUUUCCCUGUCUAUGAUGGAAGUGCUCGUUUUGGUGCUGUGGAUGAAAGCCGUGAUCCUGAUAUGGUCAACAACUUUGGUCUUUCUCGUAAGCAUAUCAUGGAUGCUUGUGAUGCUUCUUUGAAACGUCUUGGUGUUGAUUACAUUGAUCUUUAUCAAAUCCAUCGUCUCGAUACUGAAACUCCUAUGGAAGAAAUCAUGGAGGCUUUGAACGACUUAGUUCGUGCUGGCAAGGUUCGCUACCUUGGCUGCAGCUCUGUAUAUACCUGGCAAUUCGCUAAAAUGAACCAUAUUGCUGAAAAGAACGGUUGGGCCAAAUUUGUUUCCAUGCAAAACUUGUACAAUUUGCUUUACCGUGAAGAAGAACGUGAGAUGGCUCCAUACUGUCUUGAUGCUGGUAUUGGAUGGAUCCCUUGGUCUCCUUUGGCUUCUGGUGAACUUUUGGGCAAGAACAGAGAUACUCAACGUGCCAAGUCCAAGUGGGUUGUCUCCAACAUUCACCCUGAGGUCCAACACUCUGCUGACGAUGAAAUCAUUGACAGAGUAGCUGUUGUUGCUGAUAAACUCAAGCUUACCCGUGGUCAAGUGGCUAUUGCCUGGCAAUUCACCAAACCUUAUGUUACUGCUCCUAUUGUAGGUAUCAGCAAGAUUGAACAAUUGUACGACUUGAUUGGUGCUCUUGAUAUCAAGCUCUCUGAAGAAGAUGUCAAAUACCUUGAAGAGCCUUAUGUUCCUAAGGCACCUAUCAUCUAAGCAAACUCCCUCUCCUCUUUUUUUGAAUAAAAUUGCGUUUAAAUUUUUGCCAUCAUUUAGUUUAUUUUUGUUUCUCUCUCUCUC